ACGAGAUCGAGCGGUUGAAACACAAGUUCAUCAACAUCAUUUCCCAUGCGAUCACAUCCUGUGUAUUGGAGAAAUGACGACAAUAUCAGUCGCCACCAUGGCAGACUGAUGCAAACCCCGCCACCGCCGCCAAACGCACUUAGAUAUUCCCAAACAUUCGGAAAUGCCAAUAGCGUCUAUGGCGAGUGCCGCUACAUGAGCAUCGACCAUCGGCUAGCGCUUAAGUCACCUCUGCUCUCCGCCGAGCCCCCUCCUACCCCUUACCUUUAUCGCCACACCGCUAGUCGCAGGAAAUAGCAAAAAUAGCACAUCAGCCAGCGAGCCGACAACCGUUG